AUGGCUGAGAAUUCCCAGCUGCCCUCGGCCAUCCCAGUGGAACUAGCAGUGAAUGUCACUUUGCAACCGCCACUCUCGCGAUGUGGGCAUGGCCCGGGCCUAAUUCUUCUACGUCCGGCAUGCUAUGCGGGCUGUCAGCAAGACAACAAAAGUCUUGAUCCCGAGCCGCUGCAAAAGUGGGCAGAAGAAAGCUUUGCAGUGGUGCAGAUUACUGUCGAUGUGCAGUCUAGCAAGGACCUGGCCACUCUGUUGGCUUUGAUCAAAACAGCCAAGGACGGACUCGCCGCCCUCCCCGAGUGUGAUCCGGGCAAAUUCGGGCUGAUUGUGUAUGGCUCGAAAAGUGACUAUGAUCCAGAAUUUGAGGAAGGGUUGUGUGAGAUCUUGGCUGUCGACAACCCGGAGUCGGCCGUCUACUUUGACUCGUGGAAUACCCCCGAUCGCCCGAUGUCGAUGCUGCAUGCCUCAUUGCCCGUGGAAGACCCGCCUCAGAGCGACAAAACUCAGGUUGUCCAUGUAUAUCCCGAUAUCUCUUCUCCUGCCUUCACGAUCCCCGGCCAUCCAAAGUUCAAGAUCUCGACCGCAGGAGUUGCCCACACGCGGAGCGUGGCAUUUAUCAAGAAACAUCUGAACGGGCCAUAUUUUGACCUUGAAAAGAUUUGGGAUGAGCAUACCUACUAUGAAUUUGGCGACCGUUCUGUCGAAAAGACGAUGGCUACCAUGGUGCAGGAGCCUUACGUGAAUCAUGUUCCCACGUUGACUGGUGGAAUUGGACGAGCACGGCUAAGCCAUUUCUAUCUGAACCACUUCAUCUUUGCCAAUCCGGACGACACGACUCUAGAACUCAUUAGCCGGACGGUGGGUUCCGACCGCAUUGUGGACGAGUUUAUCUGCUGCUUAACUCAUGACAAGCAUAUUCCUUGGCUUAUCCCGGGGAUUCCACCGACGGGCAAACCUCUUCGGAUUCCCUUCACGUCUGUAGUCAACAUUCGAGGAGACCGGCUCUACCACGAGCAUAUUGCAUGGGACCAAGCAACUGUUCUGGUUCAGUUAGGACUGAUGCCCGAGUACCUUCCCUUCCCUUACGCUCUCCCAGAUGGAAAGCUACCAGCACCUGGGAACCGAUUUGAGUACCGCGUGCCAGCAGCAGGUGUGGAAUCCGCUCAGAAGCUAGAGAAUGAGUAUGAAGUGCCAUCGAACGAGAUGUUCGCAUAUAAGAUUCGGGAAGUGAUGGACCGUUAG